AUGGCGUCCCGACCGACUGUUACCAUCACCACGGCAGAGGGCAAGCCUUCGGGCGCUACCCACACUCUCCCUACCGUCUUUUCUUCGCCAAUCCGUGCGGAUAUUGUCCAGAAGGUUCACACCGGCAUUGCGAAGAACAAGAGACAGCCCUAUGCUGUGAGCGAGAAGGCUGGUGAACAGACUUCUGCCGAGUCUUGGGGUACUGGUCGUGCUGUCGCCCGUAUUCCCCGUGUCUCCGGUGGCGGUACUCACCGUGCUGGUCAAGCUGCUUUCGGUAACAUGUGCCGUUCCGGUCGUAUGUUCGCGCCUACCAAGGUCUGGAGAAAGUGGCACCAGAAGGUCAACCACGGUCAGAAGCGUUUUGCUACUGCCUCUGCGCUAGCAGCUUCUUCCGUUCCCUCCCUCCUUUUCGCCCGCGGUCACCGCGUCGCCAAUGUCCCCGAGGUCCCUCUCGUCGUCGAGUCCAAGACGUUCGACAACGCCGCUAUCUCCAAGACCAAGGCCGCCAUUGCCCUGCUCAAGGCUGUCGGUGCUGGUCCUGACCUCGUCAAGGUCCAGAAGUCCCGCAAGAUCCGCGCCGGUAAGGGUAAGUUGAGAGGCCGUCGUUUCCGUCAACGCCGUGGUCCUCUCGUUGUCUACAACCCUGAGACCGAUGGCAAGGAGCUCGUCAAGGCUUUCCGCAACAUCCCUGGUGUCGAGACCUCCUCCGUCUACUCUCUCAACCUCCUCCAGUUGGCCCCCGGUGGUCACCUCGGUCGCUUCAUUGUCUGGACCUCCUCUGCUUUCGCUGCUUUGGAUGAGGUCUACGGCACCACCACCACUGCUUCCGCUCUCAAAAAGGACUUCCUCUUGCCUUCCAACGUCCUAGCCAACGCCGACAUUUCCCGCAUCAUCAACUCUUCUGAAAUCCAGUCGGUGCUCCGCGAGCCCAAGGGUGAAGCCCGCACCAAGCGCAGCCACGUCCAGAAGAAGAACCCUCUCCGCAACAAGCAGGUCAUGCUCCGUCUCAAUCCAUACGCCGCCCAGUACUCCAAGGAAAAGCUUGGCCAGAAGUCUGUUGAGCACGGCAAGCCUGAGCGUGCUGGUGAGCAGUUCCAGAAGAUCCUUGCUGAGCAGUAA